GCAUGCGCACCAGCCCAUCUUUGCUGGCCGGGAGCAAAGCGGGCGGCGGGGCUGAACCGGGAUCGCUGCUUUCCCGGCGACGCGCGGCAAACCGGAAGGAGUUUCUGAGCCAGCGAACGUCCUGUGCAAGUGGAAGAAGAGUGUGAGAGAGACCUCUGCGUCCUUUACCACGUAGUCACGACACUGUGCUAAUGAAGGAAGGGUGUGGGGAUUGGAGUGAGCCCGUCGUCCGAGGGUCCCAGGGUUUCGGCCAGAGGGCGAAGGCCCUUCUGCAAGUGUGUGGAGCUGAGAGAUGCAGCCCAGGGGAGGGAACCAUGAAUAGCUAAGGAGGCUGUUCUUGACCUGGCUGUCAGAUCCCAUGUCAACGCCGAACCCUCAGCUGCUGGUGGCGGCUGCUCAGCAGACCCUGGGCAUGGGAAAGAGACGGGGCCCACCCCCAGCCACCUGCCUUCACCUAGCUGGAGAGGUGCUGGCUGUGGCUCGGGGACUAAAACCAGCUCUGCUCUAUGACUGUAAUGGUGCAGGGGCUUCGAAGAUCCAGAGCUAUCUGGAGGAGCUGCAGAGGCUGGGCUUUCUGAACCUGGGACUUCACAUCCUUGAGAUUGGGGAAAACAGCUUGAUUAUCAGUCCUGAGCAUGUAUGCCGGCACUUGGAGGAUGUGCUGCUUGGUACCAUAGCCUUUGUGGAUGUUUCCAGCUCCCAACCUCACCCUUCCGUCUGCUCCCUGGACCAGCUUCAGGACUUGAAGGGCCUCUUGGCUGAGAUCAUCAUGCAUUUGCAGGGGCUGCAGAGGAACCUGUCCAUGGCAGUCUCCCGCAGCACGCUCCAUUCUACGGGCUGGAAUUUCUGUACUGUGUUUGGGAUCCUCCUGGGCUAUCCUGUCCCCUAUACCUUUCACCUGAACCAGGGAGAUGACAACUGCUUAGCCCUGACUCCACUACGGGUUUUCACUGCCCGAAUCUCAUGGCUGCCGGGUCAACCCCCAAUCCUGCUCUAUUCCUUUAGUGUCCCAGAGAGCUUGUGCCCAGCCCUGAGGGACAUUUUGAACACCUGGGAGGAAGACCUCAGAACCCGUUGUAGGACUCAGAAUGACUUUGCCGACCUCAGUAUCUCCUCUGAGAUAGUCACACUGCUGGCUGUGGCCCUCUAAUUACAACUCUCCUCCUGUAUAGAAGGUACUCAGAGAAUGUUGAUCUUCUGGGCAGGGAUCAUCUCAAAUGCCAAUUUCAAUCCAUUGGCAGUGGCUGUCUUGAGAACAUUAGGGAAGGGUUUCGAGGUUGUAUCUGGGUUAGGAGAAAAGAAUGCUGUACUCAGUUGGCCACAUCUGCCACGGGCAUGGGAAUAGGUAGUAGUGAUGAUUGUAGCAUUGGUACUACAUGUUAGCCAUUUCUUUAUUAGGGAAUCCUCUUGACAUGGCUGUCUGUUUAUUGGGUAGGAGAUAAAAGGAAAGAGAUGGUAGGAAAGAGGAGGGGUGGGUGGAGAACAGGUAGUAUACCUUGUGUGGUAGCCUUGUAAGUGUACCUGUCCUAUGUGGGUAGAGUCUGCUCAGCAAAUAGAAGGACUGGACUCCUGCUAAUCAAAAGGUCUGCAGUUUGAAUCCCGCAGUUGCCCCUUGGAAACCCUAUGGGGCAGUUCUGCUCUGUCCUGGAUGGUCACUGUGAGUUGGAAUGGCCUCAACGGCAAUGGGUUUGGUUUUUUAGUUUGGAUCCACUGGAAUUGGACUGGAAAGGGUAGAGCAGGAUGCUUAUGUGUCCUUGUUAUACUUGUGAUAUAAUCUGUCAUUGAGGAAUAAACCAGGAGUUCUGAGGAAAAGAGACUGGUCAAAUGACAUUUAUUUAUUUUAUUGUAGGUUCAAAAAAUAAUAAAAAUUCAAAUUGCGGCUUCAGUUGGGGGGAGAAACCCAAACUGUAAAAUAUCCAAACCUUCUAAAUUUUCCAUUGAG